AUGACGAACAAUAUUGACAUCCACUACGCCACUGAGUCUGAGGCAGCCGCCCUUGGCGCUAUCAAUAUAGCCAGUUUCAGACAUCAACAAAUGUGGCUAAAUGCUCUGCCGGGGAUCGAGCCCGAGAUCUGUAUACCGAUGAAACAGGCUCGCUGUCUUGAGAAGAUGGAGUCCCCAGAUAUCCAUGUUUUCUCCGCGGUGGAUACCAGCGUUGAUCGGAUAGUGGGGUAUGCCCGCUGGACAGUUCCCUGGGAGGAAAAUAAAGUCGAGUUAUCCGAGGAGGGCAGAGCGAUGGUGGCGAAUGCAGCAAGCCUAAGACCAAAGGAAAUGAGGGAAGAUGUCUGGGAAGCCGGUUUCAAGCGGAUCAAAGAGAAAAGGGCUGUUAACGUUAAAAAAGAUGACAUGGUCUUGGAUAUUCUAGCCAUUUCACCCGAAUACCAAGGCAAGGGGAUCGGCAGCAAACUGCUGCGGUGGGGGACUCAACAAGCUGAUGCCCGCAACGCGCGCAUCUAUCUUGAGGCCACCAUCGAGGGAUACCCGCUCUACCGCAAGUACGGGUGGCACGAAAUGGAGAGGCUUGUGAUUGACUAUGCAGAGUACGGUGGCACCGGCCAGGCGGUGUUUGUGCUCAUGAUGCGAGACCCUCAGAGUACUGCCGUGGCACAGGGUUGA